UCUUCAGUAUUGAUCGGAUAGUAACAAUGAAGGUGCAGUACGACUUGGAAGGCGGUGUCCUGAAGCAAAGUAUGGGCCCGAAGUCCGUUUCGAAGAAAGUGCUCUACGGAGUAUUGCUGUUAGUGAUCGUGGCAGGAUGGGUGGUCUAUCAACAAGGUGGAGUCUUACGUUCUAAGGAAUUGCCAUGCCAAACUAUAUCUGGAGUAACUGUUACUACCGAAGAUCUCACAAAUACAGUUGUUCAGAGUACCGAAAAUCCUGGCGUUACGGAACAGUUCUACGCAGAGAGUGUAGAUAAUCUGAUUGGAGCCCUGUUCAGUCCAUUUGUUGAAUCGGAAUCGGCCGUUGUGGAAAUGAAGCUGGACACCGAUGGGUUCCUGAUUAAGUUCGGUGAGAAUGUGGAUAAUUUGGUGGAGCUGGCCAGAGAUUCCGAAAUCAAUACGAUGAUGGCGAUGGCAUUGCAGGAACUGCUGCUUUUGGGUCAAGAGGAUAAGCCGGGGAAGAAGGUUGACAUCGGAUUGAUGAAAAAGGAGAAUUCGUACGAGGCGACAACAGUGAAGAGAGUCGAAGAGCUUUGGACCUGGUCCACUGGUAAUCUGUUGGAGUUUAAGUUCCGCUUUGAAGAUAAUCAUUGGGAGCUUGAAGGAGCAGCAGAAUAUAAAUCUAGUGAGGAGAAGAAUUCAAAUGAAAGAUCGGAAGAAUCGACAGAUGAUCGAUAGUAGAAGUUUUCACAAUUUAGUUUUUACUUUCAAUAAAUAUGAAUUACAGUUAGUUUGACUCAAUUUCGUCACUUCCUUCCGACUUGCCGUAUCGAUACGCUAAAUUCCACUGACCAUUCGUGUACCAUAUUUUGAAGCUAACCAAUCUUUCUAAAGGCCACUGCCAAAUCUUGGUGCAUGUGUUCUUCGUGCAGUUUAUCUGUUCCGUUGGGCAGUCACAAUACGACAUAAUCUUCAAAUUCUUGCUAGACUGCAAAUAGUUUGCAAUACAGUCAUCCGCUAGCAUUCGCCACGCGUUAAUGGAUUUGAAAACUGCACUGAACUCCAACAAAUUCUCUGCAUCUCUAUCGGGAUACUUGGCGUGGCCAUUUGCUAUCCACCCCAUUUCAAUCCAACCCAAAUCGUCAGCAAUCUUGAUGCCGGGGCAUUCAAACUGGAAAGAUCUAGCGUUGGACCAUUCCCCUUCAGAAGAGUCAAAGGGGUGCGGAUCAUUACCGGUUGGAGCACUCAUCACAUACGACAGAACUGAGUUUCUAAAAUUCACAAAAUAUCGCCGUGAGUCGAGUUCGGUCCAAGUCCAUGGGUUCUCACUUUGGUUUGCCCGAGUUAGUAAACCUCUGGCAUGAUCGAACCCAAACGUCGACUGCAUCUCUUCGAACAUCCGAAGGAACAACUGCGUACCAAAAGGUUUCAGCUCGUCACACACAUAGUUGUUCACGACGAAUUCGGGGCCCUGUGGUCGGUUGAAGUAGAAAAAGUUUUCAUCCGGAUCUAAGCGGUAGAUCAAUCUGGUUUCGUUGAGGUCGUACGUUUCCCAGCUCCGGUAGGAGUCAUCUUCGCACGGGUUGGCUUCACGACUUUCACGUGGCUUCUCAACGAUUUCC